UGGAAAUUUGGGAUUAAUGGAGGUUAAUAAGGAAAAUAGGGGGUUGAGAAGGAAUGGAGUGAAGAGAGAUGGAGCAGGGAAGAUGGAAGGGUGUCAUGUUAACAAGCUUGUUGAUAAAGAGAUCUGGGAUAAGAAAACUAGCAUAAACCUACUUCACUCAGAGAAUUCAGUGAGAUUAUACGACCAAGAUAAUAAUAAUACCCGAGGUGGGUCAAGAAAGGAGAUUUUUAACAUAAAACCGAAGGUUAAGGCUAGCAAUAAGGUCAAGAUCUCGAAGCCUAAAUAAUAUAAACCUUCGGCUUGAUAAGUCGCAUCCGAUGCAAACCAAAAACCCGAGGUUUAAUAAUUUAUGCAAGCUGAAUACUUGUGAUGGAAGUAAUACCUGCUUCUGCUUUGAUUGAGUUAAAAAUAUUAAGGUUCAGACACAGAGAAGUAGGAAAGCUACUUCUAGGCCAAACACUGGAAACAAGAAGAAGCAUAUUGGGUGACCUGAAUUCACUACUUUUAGUAGGAAGGAUAGCUGACUUACUUUUGAAAAAUACACUGAGAGAGGAAACAGUCCUCAUAUGAUUAAAAUCGAUGCGCAUAUCAAUGCUGCAGCAAAGAUUUUAAGGAAAUAAGAGCAGAGAGCGCUCCAAUGGAAAGCACUCUGGGAUCAACCUCAGAUCCAGCAGUGGUUCCUUUCUUGUUCCUGAAAUCGAUGCUUCAAGGAACGAAUCGUACGAGCGAAAUUGAAAGAGGGCCAAGAAGAAUAAUUUCAUUGAGACAUCUUAUAACAAAUAUGCUAAAUCGAAUUAUAAACCAAUGACGUAUCAAAAUACAAUCACUGAAGACCAAUUACAGAACCUCAAAGAUGCGCAAGGAGUGCCUUCCUCGAACAUCCCUUUCGCUGAACUUCUAGAUAAGAAGACUAGGGAACUUAGGGAAACAAAUUCUUCACUAGAUAAAGCAAAUGAUGAGAUAAAGAGCUUGAAAAUAAAGCUCGAGGAAUCAUCAGCUGAGAAUAAAAGUUUGAAGAAUAAAUGAAUCAACUUUGAGAAAAAUAAUUUGAUCCUGAAGCAGCAGAAUAAGAAGUUGUAUGACAUUAUGUAUGAAAUAUUGGGAGUCGUCAAGCUGAAAUCAACUACAAAUUUUGCCAACGAGACUAGUCAUUUCAACUCCAGUUUUAAGUUCCCUGAGCUUACAGAGGCUAAAGAACUGGAUACUUUAGAGUAUAGCCAUAAUAAGGACGAGCUUGACCUGUCUAAACUAGAGAAUGAUAGAAAAUAAGUUAUUCGAAACACAGAGAAGCAAAGAGAAAACAUUAGAUAAAUACCUUGUUAUUACAGAGGAAGAUCAACCGGAAGAGAAAGGUCAAAUCAAUAUGGUUAUAAACCAAAAAUGCAAGGGUUCUAAAGCAGAAGAGAUUACAUAUAAUAGUAGCACUGCUGUCAACUCUUAUCCAGCUUCAAAGAGGUUAUCGAGCAUUGAGGGUAAACUUAAUCCUCCAAGAACGAAUUGAGUUGAGGCCGAGAAAAAUAUCACAAAUCUUACAAUGGCCAAAAUACGAGCAUGAGAAGAAUCUCAUAAGGAAGAACAGUCUCUACCCGUGACAAGCAAAAGGGAGAAGGUUGAUACUUUUGUGUCAUUUGAUCACAACCCAAUUAUGUCUGCUAAAUCAAAUAAUGAGGAUGACUUAGAAGAAUUUAAUCUCCAGGAACAGUAUUUUAGCAGAAGUGAACAGAAAGGAAAGAACAUUGAGGAUGGAAUCACAGAAAAAUUCCAACCUCAUCUUUCAGAUCAUAGGACGAAGAAUAAUAUUUUUGUCAAUGUGAGAGAUAGUGCCAGCAUCUAUUUUGGUAGUGAGACUGAAAAGCCUCAGAAUUUUCAUGUAGUAAAUGAGGAUUGGGAAAAUUUUAAUGCUCAGCAGACUUCAAGAGAGCGUGAUUUUUCAAAAAUAAAUACCCUCGGGGAAAGAAGGAGGAGCCAGUGAUACAUCAAAACCCAGCCAGAAGUAGAUAACUCUUCUCAGUCAUCAGACUAUAACAUUGAUGUGUCCCCUAAAAAUCCGAUAAUCGAUAAAAUUCCUGUGAACAGCAAGGUGAAUGCUGGAAUGACGAAGCAUAAUUUUAAAGCAAAUACACGAUAUCAUAGUAAAAUAGUGACUCCAUUCCAGCCCAGGUAUAUCAACUACAACCCAUCUGAAAAGCUGCCACACGCCCAGUACUCCCAGUCGGAGGUGCACAUGCUGCCACCCAUCGAGAACCUGCAUACUUUGGAAGGAGACGAGAAUGUGGAGUUUGAGUUUAUAAACAUUGACCAGAAUGGUCCAAAUUUGUAG